UCUGCGUUUAUUGUCACGUUUUGUGGCUGAGUUUUUGGGCGGUGUGAGGUUAAAAAUUACAUUUUCACGUUUUUCGACUUUUCACUUUUAAUAAUUAGUAAUAAUGGCUAUAAGUUUGUUGAAUCCUAAAGCCGAAGUAGCCAGAGCUGCACAAGCACUGGCUGUCAAUAUUUCUGCUGCUAAAGGAAUCCAGGAUGUAAUGAAAACCAAUUUGGGCCCCAAGGGAACUGUAAAAAUGUUUGUAAUUUCUUUUCUAGGUCUGGUUCUUGAUCAUGGUGCUCGUCAUCCUGACAUGCCGAAGAGCCUUAAGAAUUGUUACAUUCUAACUUGUAACGUGAGCAUGGAGUAUGAGAAAAGCGAGGUCAACUCGGGAUUCUUCUACAAAACAGCAGAAGAAAGAGAAAAGAUGGUUUCUGCUGAACGUGGAUUCAUUGAGCAAAGGGUCAAAAAAGUAAUAGCUUUAAAGAAAUCUGUAUGCGACGGUACAAACAAAACAUUUGUGGUCAUCAACCAGAAAGGUAUUGAUCCGAUGAGCCUGGAUAUGCUGGCCAAAGAAGGUAUUAUUGCCCUUCGCAGAGCUAAGAGGCGUAAUAUGGAAAGACUUGCUUUGGCAUGUGGAGGAAUUGCUAUGAAUAGUUUUGACGACCUCCAGGAGUCUCAUCUUGGUCAGGCUGGUCACGUAUAUGAGCAUGUACUAGGUGAAAACAAGUAUACCUUCAUAGAAGACUGUAAGGUUCCACAAUCUGUUACAAUUUUAAUGAAAGGACCUAAUAAGCACACCUUGGUACAAAUCAAGGAUUCCGUAAGAGAUGGUUUAAGGGCUAUCAAUAAUGCUAUUGAGGAUAAAGCUGUUAUACCAGGUGCUGGAGCUUUUGAGAUUACGGCAAAUAAAGAGCUAUUAGCUUUCAAAGACACUGUUAAAGGAAAAGUUCGUCUUGGUAUUGCAGCUUAUGCCGAGGCACUUUUAGUCAUUCCCAAAACAUUGGCUGUUAAUUCUGGAUUUGAUGCUCAGGACACCAUUGUCAAACUCCAAGAAGAAUCUCGAUUGAAUCCUGAACCUGUAGGACUUGACCUGACAUCUGGAGAACCUAUCAAUCCAAAAGAUGCUGGCAUCUUUGACAACUACGUGGUCAAGAAACAAAUCAUAAACUCCUGCUCUGUCAUUGCCAGUAACCUAUUACUUGUGGAUGAGAUUAUGAGGGCAGGCAUGAGCAGUUUGAAAGGAUAAACAGUUUUAAUGGCAUUACUCUUUGUACUAUUGAAGUUCAACAAUAAUAUAUUUUUUCAAUUGGUUUCAAAGCAUAAAAUUUCUCAACCUCAAAUUUUCUCAGAAUGACAUAACACAUUCACAAGAAAUUUAAUAUUCUGGAGCUGUAUCUAAUAAUUUUGUUAGAUAAUUCAGUGUCAUUUCAGACACUAAUUGUUUAUUAAAACUUUUCAUUGGCAAUAUAAAUAGUUUCAAAAGCCAUUAAAUUUUAGAAAGUUGUAAAGGUAACUAGUUUGAAAUUUUUUAAACUUAUACACGAAGGCAAAACAACUGAAUACUGUUUUAGUUUGUGUUCUGUAUGAUAAUGUGAGAUUGCUUCGUUUUACACCAUUUUUGUUUAGUUGAACUUCAAUAUAAUUUCCUAAUACGACUAUUGCUUAUUUAUCUUUUUUUUUAUAAUCAUUAACGAUGAAAUUAACACAUUAAAAAUAUAAUUUUCAACUGCA